UGAAUGCUGACGUGGCUGACCAAGUCCAUUUUCUCGCAUGAAACAACAAACAGAAAAAGAACAAUGAGGCAACAAGAACCUGUGAGCUCCGAGUCUGAGGCGCGCCGUGUCUAAUCCGACGUCGUUUUGGUGGUGUUCUAUGUCAGUGUGGUGCUCGUGUUUGGGACAUGGCGGAAACAACCUCUGCUUCUGUUUCUUCUCCUGCGGGUGAUUCUAAUUGGAGAGAGAACAAGUUGUGGAAAGGCACAUUUGCUGUCGCAGGAAUCAUGCUCACCCUCGUUACCUAUGGUGUUUUGCAGGAAAAGAUCAUGAGAGUUCCUUAUGGGGUGAACAAGGACUACUUCAAAUAUUCUCUUUUUCUUGUUUUCUGCAAUCGCAUCACGACAUCUGCUGUUUCAGCUGGUGCUUUACUGGCAAGUAAAAAGGCAUUGGAUCCUGUAGCUCCCAUUUAUAAGUAUUGCCUUGUGUCGGUAUCAAACAUACUUACCACAAGUUGUCAGUAUGAGGCCCUCAAAUAUGUUAGUUUCCCUGUUCAGACUCUUGCAAAGUGUGCUAAAAUGAUACCAGUUAUGGUCUGGGGCACUGCCAUAAUGCAGAAGAGAUAUCGGGGAACUGACUAUUUGUUGGCCUUUGUAGUAACCCUUGGCUGCUCAGUGUUCAUCCUGUAUCCGGCAGGGACCGACAUAAGUCCAUACGGUAGAGGAAGAGAAAAUACUGUUUGGGGCGUUUUGCUAAUGCUUGGUUAUCUUGGGUGUGAUGGCUUUACAAGUACAUUCCAAGAUAAGAUGUUUAAAGGCUAUAACAUGGAGAUACAUAAUCAGAUAUUCUAUACUACUUUGUGUUCUUGUAUUCUUAGCCUGGCAGGUCUUAUCAUACAAGGACAUUUAUUACCAGCUGUAGAGUUCGUUUAUAUCCAUAAAGAUUGCUUUUUUGACAUUGCAUUGCUUUCAACUGUUGCGACAGCUAGUCAAUUUUUUAUUUCCUACACAAUUCGCACAUUUGGUGCUCUAACAUUUGCUACUAUAAUGACAACAAGACAGUUGGUAAGCAUCUUGCUGUCAUGUGUGUGGUUUGCCCAUCCUCUUAGCUGGGAACAGUGGAUUGGAGCUGUAAUUGUCUUUGGCGCGAUUUAUGCAAAAAGCUUCUUGAGGAAAGCACCUGAAAAGACAACCUCUUCUGUAGAACAUGUACAAAAUGGAAAUUCAAAUAAUUUGAAGGAGAAUCCAUGAUGGAGGCUAACUCCUUUGCUGACCUGAUGUGGUGCUACCCGUAGUAGUGUGGGUGGGGCAGCUUCAGUUUUAAGUUUAGAGCUGCACAUUUAAUAUUUCAGGUUGCGACUAAUGCAUUAUAUGAAGGUGAUUUGACACAGCCCCUGAUUUUGUGUCCCAAUCAUAACAAUGGAGAACUUGAUAGGAGCUUAGUCCCUCAUUUUUUGAUAGGGGAGAUCAAUAAUACUGAUCAAAGCCAAAAUAAUGUUUAUAAAUUGAAAUAUGUUCAAUGUGUUUGCUCAAACAAGGUUGUUUUUUGGUUUAGUUUUCCUGAGUAUGUUUUGUUAAAGACAGAAGGUUUGUGCUAAUUUCUGGGACCGUCGUUCAGUUAAAUACCAUAAGUGUACGUAGAAAAACUAAUUACAAGGAGAUUAGUCUAUAAGAUUUUAACCAGAGGAACGAUUUCGGUAGACACAAAAAGCUAAUUCAGAUGUAUGUUAUUUUGUUAUUAUUAUUAUUAUUCAAAGAGAGGAAUUCAACUU